AAAUAUGUUGGAGAAACGUAAAUUUCAUUCCAAAACAAGAAGAAACGUAUGCAUUGUUGUCCAGUUAUCCCCAAAGCAGAGUGGAAGAAUCAGAAAGAUGGGCAGUCCAACGGCGACGGCGCCAUGGAAACAGCUUCUCCUCGACGCGCUGCGCUCCAACUCCAGUCUCAAGCACUCCUCCUUCUUCCAGCGACUGUCGGAUCCAAUGGAAGACCCGCCAAUCGGACCGUCGUCUUCCGGGGGUUUCAGGAGGGCAGCGAUAAGAUCCAAAUUCAUACCGAUUCCCGCAGUCGCAAGAUUGAAGAGCUCAAGCACAAUCCACUAGCUGAGAUAUGUUGGUACUUCACCGACUCUUGGGAGCAGUUUCGGAUCAGCGGGAUAGUCGAGAUGAUUGAUCAUUCGAAUCCUGAUAGCCUGAAGCUUCAGCAACGAGAGAAAGCUUGGCAUGCUUGUUCUGUGAAAUCCAGACUACAGUACUUGGGACCUACUCCUGGCCUCCCCUACAUAGGCGAACAUUUAACGGAUGAAAAUUCUUUAGAUUCUUCAACCAGCCCUGUCGACUCUUUUUGUCUGCUGAUUAUGGAUCCAGAUCAGGUUGAUUAUUUGAAUUUGAAGAGUAACCAGAGGAUGACUUUUACAUCAACACAAAGUGAUUCUCAAGAGAAAUGUUGGGCUUUGGAGAGGAUUAAUCCAUGAUCUUCACAAUUCUACUUAGAUAAAAUGGCCAAUUCAGAGCAUUUCUAGUGGUUUUUUUAUCGCCAACAUUUCCAGUUGGUGUGAUCUGCAUAUAGUCUCUCAAUUUUUCAGCAGCAUGCUUAAAAGGUAAGCCUAUUCACCUGGGAUUAGUAAGCCAAGUCUGAAAUUUUCUUUGAUGUAUCCAGAGGAGCAAGCAGAUGCAUGUGUAUGCAUACUUUAACAUGCACAAAGACUGAAGAAAUUGGAGGCAUACUUGGCCACUGUUCAGUUGCUUUGAUGUCUUGAAGAACAUUUGCUAUCCUCCAUAUGGCAUGUUGCCAUUAUUAAAGGUAUUGUUCAUGGUCAAGAGAAUAUAAGAGAGUCACAGGUAUUUGCGCUUGAUGAAUCAUAACUAUUUCAUUGUCCAAAGACCACUAUGCGCCAUACUUGAUCAAGAAAGUGUGGUCAUUCUAUUAAAGGACUAUGUUCUGCCAGGACAGGGUCAUCGAGAACCUGGAUGCAUCCAACUGCAAAAUUUUCUGGCAUAUGGUCUAUAGGUUAGCUGCUGUCUGAAUGUAUGCCGUUCAACAGUGUUCUGAGGACUCGGGAACUUAUAUGUUGAUGGAAAAUCCAUGCAGAAUGUCCGGUUAGGCUUGACUAGGUGCAUCGAGGAUCUAUCAUAUGACUAAAAUCACAAUUGAUGGAAUAGAUAUAUGCUGUCUUGUAAUAUUGAA